UCUCGCUGUCCGACGGCUGUUGGGAUUUAUACGUGUAAACCCAGUGCAUUUAAGCACUCCUAACAAUUAACCACGUUUAAUGACUGGACGCAUAGUCCUACGUUUCUUUUCCUCUUUCAGUGGAAAACUGUGUUUCACCAUCUAACGGAGAAACAUACUUUAGUCAACCUGCUGUUUUUGUAUCAUUCAUCAUUCACUUGUGAGGACCGUUCACUUGUGAGGACCGCAACAUUAACGGAUCCAUGAGCCUGAAUAGGACGUAAACACUCGCAUAGAAUAGGUGUAGCUUCAACCCAAGAUGGUCGCCUCCUCCUUCCUGUGGCGCUGCGGGAUCAUUCUGCUGGUGCUGACGUGCUGCUUCAUGCCCCUCUCCACAUCCUCCCUCAACCAGAAGGACCCCAACGUCUGCAGCCACUGGGAGAGCUACUCGGUCACCAUCCAGGAGUCGUACGCCCACCCCUUUGAUCAGAUUUAUUACACCAGCUGCACCGACAUCCUGAACUGGUUCAAGUGCACAAGGCACAGGGUGAGCUAUCGGACAGCCUACCGCAGAGGAGAGAAAACCAUGUACCACCGCAAGUCCCAGUGCUGCCCCGGCUUCUAUGAGAGCAUGGAGAUGUGUGUCCCCCACUGUGCGGAGAAGUGUGUUCACGGCCGUUGCUUGGCCCCCAGCACCUGCCAGUGUGAGCCCGGCUGGGGGGGCCCCGACUGCUCCAGUGCGUGUGACAGCAACCACUGGGGUCCUCAUUGCAGUAACCAUUGCCAGUGUCAGAACAGUGCACUGUGUAACCCCAUCACAGGCGCCUGUAUCUGCCAGCCUGGGUAUAGGGGCUGGCGCUGUGAGGAGAUCUGCGAGGCAAGCACCUAUGGCAAUGGAUGUCAACAGAAGUGCCAGUGCCAGAAUGGUGCCACGUGCAACCACGUGACUGGAGAGUGCAAGUGUUCACCCGGAUACCUCGGAGCUUUUUGUGAAGACCUGUGCCUGCCAGGGAAGCAUGGGCAGCAGUGUGAGGAGAGAUGCCCCUGCCAGAACGGAGGAGUGUGUCACCAUGUCACUGGAGAGUGCUCCUGUCCUGCUGGAUGGAUGGGUACAGUGUGUGGCCAGCCGUGUCUGGAGGGGCGCUUCGGCAGGAAAUGUUCCCAGGAGUGCCAGUGUCUCAAUGGGGGGACUUGUUUCUCCUCCAGCGGACAGUGUUUUUGCAGCCCUGGCUACACUGGCGAACGGUGCCAGGAGGAGUGUCCUGUGGGUACGUUCGGCGUAUCCUGCCGCCAAACCUGUCGCUGUGAGAACGGUGCCAAGUGCGACCACAUCAGCGGGGCGUGUCUGUGUGAGCUGGGCUACACAGGGGAGAUGUGCGAGGUGCGCCUCUGUCCCGAGGGACACUACGGCCUCACGUGUGACAAGAGGUGUCACUGCCACGUCCAGAACACCCACAGCUGCCACCCAAUGUCUGGCGCGUGCUCGUGCCAGCCUGGCUGGUCGGGGACCUACUGUAACAAGACAUGUACGCCCGGCUUCUUUGGCGUGUCGUGCCAGCAGGUGUGCCAGUGCCAGAACGGUGCUGACUGCCACAGCGUGACCGGGGAGUGCAUCUGCGCUCCAGGUUUCAAGGGGUCCAAAUGUUCCACGGCCUGCCCAUCAGGGACCCAUGGGAUCAACUGCUCUGCCACCUGUGGCUGUAAGAACGGGGCACAGUGCUCUUCUGUGGAUGGAGCCUGCUCCUGUAAAGCAGGUUGGCACGGAGUGGACUGCUCCAUCAACUGCCCAAGUGGCACGUGGGGGCUGGGUUGCAACCUCACCUGUAUGUGUGGCAACGGAGGGGCCUGCAAUGCCCUCAACGGACAUUGCACUUGCGCCCCCGGCUGGAGGGGCGAGAGGUGUGACCUCAACUGCCAGGAUGGCACCUAUGGUAUAGACUGUAGGGAACGUUGUGACUGUAGCCAUGCAGAUGGGUGCAACCCCUCCACGGGUUAUUGCAGCUGCCUGGCUGGAUGGACAGGUAUCCACUGUGACAGUGUGUGUGCCGAGGGCCGCUGGGGGCCAAACUGUUCCCUCCCUUGCAACUGUAAGAACGGGGCCUCCUGUUCCCCUGACGAGGGCACCUGUGAAUGUGCUCCCGGAUUUCGGGGGAUCACCUGCCAGCGCAUCUGUUCACCGGGCUACUUUGGCCACCGCUGCAGCCAGGCCUGUCCCCAGUGUGUCCACAGCAAUGGACCCUGCCACCACGUCUCUGGCCAGUGUGACUGCCUCCCGGGGUUCAAGGGGCCCCUCUGUAAUGAAGUGUGCCCCAGUGGCAGGUUUGGGAAGAACUGUGCAUGGAGCUGCACCUGUACCAAUAACGGCACCUGUAACCCCAUCGAUGGCUCAUGCCAGUGUUACCCCGGCUGGAUUGGCAGUGACUGUUCACAACUCUGUCCUCCUGGUCAGUGGGGGCCCAACUGUAUCCACACAUGUAACUGUCACAACGGGGCCUACUGCAGUGCCUAUGAUGGGGAGUGCAAGUGUACUCCGGGCUGGACAGGCUUGUACUGUACACAACGCUGUCGAUUGGGCUUCUACGGUAAGGACUGUUCCCAGACCUGUCAGUGUAGGAAUGGAGCCGACUGUGACCACAUCUCUGGCCAGUGUACCUGCCGGACUGGCUUCAUGGGACGCCACUGUGAGCAAAAAUGCCCCCCUGGUUCCUAUGGUUAUGGCUGUCGUCAGGUGUGCGACUGUCUCAACAACUCCACCUGUGAUCAUAUGACCGGCACAUGCUACUGCAACCCCGGCUGGAAGGGAGUGAGGUGUGACCAAGCCGGUGUGGUGAUCGCGGGCAACCCCAACAGCCUGACCAGUGCUGCCGUGCCUGUGGACUCCUACCAGAUCAGUACCAUUGCGGGUAUCAUCAUCCUGGUGUUGCUGGUUAUCUUCCUCCUCUUCCUCUUCAUCGUCUACAGAAAGAAGCAGAAGGGCAAGGAGCCCACCAUGCCUGCUGUCACCUACACGCCUGCCAUGCGCAUCACCGCAGACUACACCAUUGCCGAUGCAGCACUGCCACAAACAAGUCAGACACCCAGACAUCCCAACAGCAACUACUUCUCCAACCCCAGUUACCACACUCUGACCCAGUGCACCAGUCCCCCACAUGUCAACAACCUGCCCUAUGGAAAGGCUAAGAAUAACCAGUUGUUUGUGAACCUGAAGAACGUGGACCAGAGGAAGAGGCCUCCCAUUGUGGACCACACUGUAACCCUGCCUGCCGACUGGAAACAUGGUGGCUGCUUCAACGAACUGGGAGCUUAUGGAGUGGACCUACGAUACAUGGAAAAAUCCCUGACAGACCUGGUGAAGGGAAUGCCCUAUCACGCCAGCUCCUGCUCCCUCAACAGCUCAGAGAAUCCCUACGCCACCAUCAAGGACCCGCCUCUCCUGAUUCCCAAAGUAGAGUGCGGCUACGUUGAGAUGAAGUCACCCACGCGACGAGACCCUCCCAAUGCCGAGAUCAACAAUGCCAGCCCCACCAAUAAGAAUGUCUACGAAGUCGAGCCCACUGUCAACGCCAUCUGCUCAACUGGGAACAGCAACGGUCAAGGACCCUUUGGCCUGGAUCCGUACGACCUACCAAAAGACAGCCACAUCCCCUGUCACUAUGACCUCCUGCCCACACGGGACAGCCCUCCGUUGCCCCACAAGGAACUAGAUAGUGAAUAAGCUCCCAGAGAAUCCCCCCAUAAAAAACUGGACAGCGAAUGAGCUCCCAGAGACACAACAGAGACCCCAACAGAGACUACCAUGGCUCAGCCAAUGAAUGGCCCUCAUUUGCUGGCAUAUACUGUAUGCUCAUUCGCUGUAUAUCCCCAUCGCCAUUCUACUCAUUUUUUUAUUUAUUUUUUUAUUUUAUUUACUAUCACCAUAAUCAUUCUUAAUCACUUAUUUUUUUUCGCAGAGAGGAACUUUUGUUGCCUCGUUUGUCACAUUCACCAUUUUCUUUACUAUCAACAUAGACAUGAGUGUUAUUUGCAAAAACGUUGGUAUGUCGAGGUGCUUGAGUAAUAUUGAUGUACAGCUUUUUACAGCUUUUCCUAUGCUAGGUACAAUGAAAAACAUAAGUGUUCAGUAAGUCAUCACUUGCCUUUUAAAAUAUAUAGUGUACAAAUACAAAACAAACCUCAAUUUAUUUUUGUAAUGAUGAAAAUGAACUUAAACAGUUUUCUUCCAUUUUUUGUUUUCUUCGUUUUUUGUUAUUAGUACUGUACGAUUGAGCAUUUUUUUGUUGUUUGUUUGUUUGACAAUUUAACUGUUAUCGUUGUUGACAAAUCUUAAUCUUGUUUAGUCUGACAUCAAUACUAAAGUUAACCAAAGGUUUAAGUGUCAUAGUAUAAAUCUUUUUAAAGCUCAUUUCGCUCUUUUAGUGGUGGAUUAUGAGCAAAUAGUUGAAUGGUGGCAAGCAUUCAAUCGCACAGUUUGAGGUCUGUUAUAGCUCAGACACAGCGUGUACGGUAGGUGCACCUCUGUACAGAGUGUCGCCAGGCAAUCUCUUUUGUGUUUUCAGCCUUGUUAAAAUACUCCAAGGUGGCAGUAGCGUUUUUUGUUUGUGCAUGUGCGUGUGUUGCUUAGUU